AUGACUUCUACGCUCAUAUCCUCCUCCUACCAGCGUUCUCAACCGGAUAAGAAUAUUUAUUACAUCCUCAUGGAAAACCACCCCUAUGGCAGCAAGUUGUUUUGUGCGGGGAGCGUGUGUUACCUAAAAGAGCAGACGUACCUCCGGUAUAUUAAAACUGACAUGUCCUCCACUCGCUUCUGGAGGUUCACCAUGGUAGAGGACGAGUCUGUGGUCACGAUGGAUGUAGAGAUUCUGCACCCCCUGGAAAAGAAGGUGGCGGAUUUCCUCAUAGCGAUCAGCAACUCCCACGAGCGGUUGAACUGUUUUUUGGAAAAGCUUGUUUUUAACUCUGCUAUGAAUGCCAGAGAGGGUCAGCAGGUCCUCGUAGAUUUGGACCAACAGAUUUUCCCUGGUACCCUACGCUAUAUUGGGAAGCUGAGGAACCCUUCGCCAUCUGGGCUGUGUCCAAUUUACUUUGGGGUGGAGUUGCAGGGUGACGGUGUUGGCAAAGGCUACUGUGAUGGCUCCUAUAACGGGAAAGAGUACUUCAAGUGUAAACCGAAUUGCGGCCUCUUUCUGCCGUGUAACAAACUGCAGUUUGCAGCAGCAUCCGAGAACAAGAUGGAGCAGGAAGAAAAGCUGGAGGCCGUUGAGGACAGUCCAGUGAAAGUGGGGGAAACGGUUGGCUUCUAUAUGGAUGAUGUCUACACUCGAGGAGUAGCCAUGGCUGUAUACAAGGAAGCCAGCAACUGGAUGGUUAAAGUGUGCCCGGAGGAAGAAGGGACCACAGAUGUUUUUCGGGAGAUCCCCAUGGACUCCGUGGUGAAGGAGGAACUGCUGUCAUCAGCGUUUCCGGUCGAAGCGGACGGAGGGCCCUGGAUGCAGCGGAAACGCGGGAGAAGCGAGAGCCCAGAGGACGAGGAGAACCAGCCGCCCUCCCUGGACAUGAACUCCAUGGUGCAGAUCGACCUGGGCGAGGGCGGUUCUGUCACCGGCACAAUCCGCUGGAUCGGCUACAUGUUGAAAACACAGGAGAAAAUGGCCGGGAUCGAACUGGAUGAAGAGAAGGGGGUCUGUGACGGCGAGUGGCAGGGGGUGCGCUACUUCACCUGUCCCUCGAAGCGGGGGCUCUUUGUCAAGCUGGAGCGGUGCAAGCCCGACAUGCGCUUCCAGUGUAACGACCGCGCUUUCCUGCAGGCCGUCGAGUUCAGUGGGCUGGAUACUCCGGAGGUUCUGAGCAACCUGCCCCCUCUCAGGGAAGAUGUAGCGGUGCGUGUGCUGCAGGGGCGGAUGCGGGGGAUCCAGGGCCACUGCAACUCCUGCUACAUGGACGCCGCCCUCUUCAGCCUCUUCUCUUGUACUUCCGUGCUGGACUCCAUGCUCUUCAAGCCUUCCCUCCCACCUGACAGACACAUUCAGAAGAUUCUCCGGGACAAGAUAGUCAACCCGCUCAGACUGAAGGGCUUUGUCGCCGCAAGCAGCGUGAUGAACCUUCGGCACCAGCUGACUGAGAAGGGCCAGUGUUCCAGUUUCGUUACUUCGGAGAAAGACCCUGAGGAGUUCCUUAAUCUCAUUAUGCAUCGCAUCCUUGGAAUUGAGCCACUUCUGAAGCUACAGUCUGGGAAGCUUAAAGAACAGGAGUGCUUCUGCUACCAGAUCUUCAUGGACAAGCAGGAGGACUUGGUGGUGCCCAACGUCCAGCAGCUGGUGGAACAUUCCUUCCUGUCCUCGGAACUCAAGCUGGUGGAAAUUCCCUCCUGCUUCAUCCUCCAAAUGCCUCGUUUUGGGAAGGAGUAUAAAAUGUUCAGCAAAAUCAUCCCUUCUUUGGAGCUGGAUAUCACAGACCUACUUCUGGAUAGUCCUCGGGAGUGCUUUGUGUGCGGAGACGUCGCCACUCAAGAAUGCUCGGCGUGCUUUAAAGACAAGAUGUUUGCGGACACGGGACUGAAGCAGUAUUGUGAUCCCUGCUGCAAACAGGCUCAUUCUCAUUAUCGGCGCAAGAUGCACCACCCCACCAAGUUGCGCAUCCCCGAGGGGUUCUGUGGGGCGGGCCCCCGUGGCAGCCUGCGGGUGCCGCGGGAGAAACUGGAGCUCUUUGCGGUCCUCUGCAUCGAAACCAGCCACUAUGUCUCUUUUGUGAAAUACGGGCCGGAGAGAGAGAACUGGAUGUUCUUUGACAGCAUGGCAGACAGACAUGGUGACGAGAGUGGCUUCAACAUCCCCACCGUGACGCUGUGUCCGGAAGUGGCCAAGUAUCUGGAGAUGCCGGUGGCCGCCUUGGCCAUGGAGCAGCCUCGGGACAUGGAAGGAGUUGCCAAGCGCCUCUUCUGCGAUGCCUACAUGUACAUGUACCAAAGCAAGAAAAUGGCGCUUUAUAAGUGA